ACUGGUUCCUGAGGCGCGUUUGACUCUAUUCUUAUAAAUCGUUGUCUUGAUAAAUCUGUCAAAAAUCAAAAUAUUCUGUGAAUUGUGAACGUAAAUAAAUAAAUAUGAUUGUGAGCAUAUAAAGGUCAUAAUGUAUUACUUCAGAAAAUGAAUGUAUCAUUGGACUGUACCUAAUGGCAGGCUCGACAAAAUAUCUUGGAACAAGCAUGGAGGCAAUGUACGGCUCUCAGGGCCCUUGGAAUUACGAACUUCCUCCGAUAAUAGCCUCACGUUAUCACAGUGUCCUUUACCAGCUACCUGCCUCAUUGAAAUCACCUCCCAAACCUCAUAUCAGCACACAAAAUCAUCACUGGGAUAGCGACCAUGUCCACAUGCCAUAUUCGCCAAAGAACUUACAAACUGUAAAAAAUAGUAACGGCAGUGAAACUCCCAAAUUACGAUGGGAAAUAAUUCAGGAAGCACUACUGCAACCUAUAAGCUCGAGUAAACAACUUGAAAUGGUUUUGAACAAGUACAACACUCGUUUACCCAAAUUGUCCGCGUUACACUAUUUCUUUGAAGAAGUUCUAGAGAAUGAAGAAAGUGAAGAGUUCUUCGAGAGUCUCCUACCGGGAAUAAUACGAUUAGCUCUACAAUUGCCCGAGAUUUUACCGGGUAAUUUACCAUUAUUAAAGAAGGGGUCGUGCAAAUCGAUUAGUCUAAGUCAACUCCAAAUAGCUUCGCUGUUAGCAAAUGGCUUUCUGUGUACCUUUCCCUGGCGUGAGGAGGUAGCACUUACGUAUCCAGGGAUCAACUUUUCGGGGUUAUUUUCAUCGCAUUUUCGGUCCGAUUUUAAUGAAGUUGUGGCGGAGAAAUUGAAAUGCAUUUGUCAUUAUUUUAGAAGAGUUUUGACUGUUGAACCGGUGGGAAUUGUUACCUUCGAACGAAAGUUCUUUCCUAGAUCGCACUUGCCUAGAUGGGAUCGAUUAGAGAACAAUCUAGGUAACAUUAGAAUUCAUAUUUCAAGUAAUGGUUUUAUUGAAGACGAUGGUGAUGGAUUGUUGCAAGUUGACUUUGCCAAUAAAAGCAUAGGUGGUGGUGUAUUAGGCUACGGGUGUGUUCAAGAAGAAAUCCGAUUUAUGGUUUGCCCAGAGCUUAUUGUGAGCCGUUUGUUUACAGAACACCUUGGCGCGACAGAAGCUUUAAUUAUAAUAGGAGCAGAACGAUACAGCAAAUAUACUGGAUAUGGUGACACAUUCGUGUGGGCUGGUAACUACAAUGACAAUACACCAUACGAUCACUUUGGACGCAGGCGCACCUCAAUUGUAGCGAUAGACGCCUUGUUUUUUGGAAAUCCCCUAGAGCAAUAUAAUCCUUCAUCAAUUCUUAGAGAGGUCAACAAGGCUUACGUUGGAUUUCAUUCGAGACUUGACUCUCAACUAUCUGCGGUUGCUACAGGUAACUGGGGGUGUGGAGCCUUUCGCGGAGAUCCAAAUCUAAAAUUACUCAUUCAACUAAUGGCUAGCAAUGCAGCACGACGAGAUAUUGUCUAUUUUACUUUUGGUGACGUUGAAUUACGUAAUAACAUCUACGAGAUGUAUCAAUUUCUUGCAACAAAUGAUGUCACGAUUGCCCAACUAUGGAGGUACCUAUGCCGCUUUGAGCAAAGUAAUUUAAAACCGAAACAUUUAUUUUCGUACAUUCAGCAAGCACAUUUCGAUAGCAAAAACCAACGUUCCCUAAAAGAUUACUUUUGCUUUCGUAAAAAACCGGACCUUUCUACGUCCAACGCCAAUUACGUAUCAAGUAAAAGUCCCUCAACCUCUGCAAAAGCGGAAGACGUCCGAUUGGAUCCUGGCGAAACCGACAACAUUGUUAUCGCGUCCUCGCAAACUGACAGCGACACUGAUAUCAUCGAGUCGUCACAACCUGAUGAUCUAAACACAAAGCUACCCAGAUUCGUGAAAAGCCCACCGGCACAAGCAACUAAAGAUAACGUCAGUCAGGAUGCGGUCGAUGUUAUUCGUUUAAUCGAUGAGAUCGAUGGUAAAGAGACGAGUACUCACAGAGCAGAUGUUGACAGAAAAGAAAGCAUGUCCCUAUUAACUACAUUAGAUAAAUUAACUCGAAGUGAACCAAAAUCACGGGACGUGGAGGUAAAGCAAAGCAAAGAGGAAGAGGUCGAAAAAAUGGAAGUUGAUCACGAACCCGUUGCCAUCAAUAAAUCGAAACGAAAAAUCACAGAUUAUUUUGCAACAAUUGAUAAAGGUUAAUUAUGAGGAUAGCUUUAGGUCUGUAAUUUUUUCAUCAGAUUUUUUGCACAUGGUAGCCAUAAUUGUGAUCGUUUAGCGUAUUAAUAAAAAGGCUUCUACCUGA